AUGCUGCCUUUAGGAGAUUUGAAUUUGUCUGGGAUUCAGAUGUACACACGUUCGGUUCAAGGCUUUUUUGGCGGCUGUGGCCACAAGCUUUACUUUCAGGCUAUCAAUUUGGCCAAAGAAGAACCCCACGCGGUGCCUGGGCCCAGAGCUGUGGUUGUACACGCUAGUCUACAGCCAGCCGGCGACGUAAUGGCAGUGCCGGUUGUUCGUUGGUCUGUGUAG